AUGAAUACAAGACAAGUUCCACAUUUAAUAGAACAUCAAAUAAUCAAUCUAUUAUUCAGGUGUCUUACAACUGAUAGAUAUGUAGCCGAUUAUUUGGAUGAUAUCAUUGUAUUGUCGAGUGUAUGCAAGAGAUGGUUUAAUACAAUUAAAGUGGCUUUAUCUUGUUUGGAUCCUAAACUACCAUCAAUGUAUCAAACACCGUAUAGAUACUACCCAGAUAAAACACCGAUUCAAGAGUAUAAAAGAAUGAUGGAACAUCCACAAAGUCUAUGUUCAUCACCAUUAUCUUUUUAUGCUUUAAAUAUUAGAGAUACUUGUAAAGCAUUAGAUUAUUUAUUAUCUUCAACAUCUUCGUCUUCAUCUUUAUCAUUUAAAUCAACAUUUACAUCAACCAUACAAUCAUUAUUUAUUGUAAAUGAUGAUCACAACACUAAUCUUUGUAAAAGAUUGUUAUCGUCAUCAUCAUCAUCUUCUUCUUCAUCUUCGUCACAGUCAUUAGAAAUGCCAAAUUUACAAUCAUUGUAUUUAUAUAAUGACUAUCAAGAUGAAAAGAGAUUUGAUGAAAGGAGUUGUAAAAAAUAUUGUAUUGAAUAUUUAGUUGAAGAGAUGGAUGGUAGAUGGUUGAUGAAUAUUACAAAACUACAAUUACAGUGUCGUGUAGAACCAGAUGCAUUGGUAUCUAAGCUAUUUCAGAGAUGUCAGUCACUUGAAAAGUUGGAUCUUGUAGCUGAGGGUUACGACUCUCAUUAUGUAUUGGGUGGUUGGCCAAAGUUACUAUCUUGUCUCUCGGAAUGUCCACGAAUCACCAAACUCGGUCUUGGAUACGUCCAACAGAAUCAAACUAGAAUAGUCAGACAACUGCCAUUUGACAAGCUACCCAACACCAUAACAUCAAUUAGAGUACCGAAAGAUACAGUUUCAUCAUCACCUCUACUCAAACAAUUGGUCAAACAACACAAUACAUCUAUUAGAAAAAUAUCUUGUUUGGAACUUGACAAAGAUUGGAAUGAAAUCUUAAAACAUACCAAUUUAACAAAGAUUAGUUUGACUAUCCCCUCCUCAUCUUCCUCAUCCUCUUCAUCCUCAUCCUCUCCGAGGAUCCCUACAAUAAUAGCAGUAUUUCCAAUAACAAUUCAAUACUUGACAAUUGAAUUAGAUCCAGAUGAUAGGACUAUAGAUUACAAUGCAUGGAAGUUGGAGGAAUUGCCAACACUUGUCAAGGUGACUCUUAAACCAAUGAUUGUUAGACAACGAGCCACCUCUUUCAAGAUGAGUGUUGUAAAAUACCUCAGCGGUUUAAUCGAUCGUUCAAAGAGCCUGCAAUCGAUAUCAUUGGUUCGACUCCAUUGGAUCGAAUAUAAUAAGACAGAGGCCGACCUUUUAAUAUUCAAUCAACUAUUUGAUAGUAUUUCAAACAACAAGAGUAAAUCAUUUAAACAAUUUCAUUUCGAUACUUCUUUUUAUCAAAAGUUGGGAUGUAUGUUUGAAAAGUAUCAACAAUCCUAUCAUAAUAAUAAUAAUACUACAUGUCCAUUAAUCUAUUAUUCCAAUGAUACAUUUGGUAACUAUGAUAGUAGAAUGACAAUGAAGAUUUCAACUAUUCUCGUAUUGGCAACAGCUUUGCUUUGUACAUUAUAUAUUAAUGGAUGUAGUGGAGCUGACCCAGUUAUUGAUUGUAUCAUUGAUAAUGGACGUCUAUUUAACUUUUGUAUAUCAAAUUCAUUUGAACAGGUGUACAACAUCUCGACAAUGGCCGCCUAUGGGUUGAGAAUACCUGAAGGUUAUAACAACAGUCUUGUCCUAAACGACACUUUUGUGCCAGGUCAUACCUGCUUCCAACCUGCUCCUGACUCGAAGCUCUUUAUCGACCAAUUUGUUCAAGAUGCAAUCUACUCACUCCAAGACAAUGAAAACCUCUUUACCAAUCUCUCAAUGACUGCUGACCAGAUUAAAAAUGGUGCUACUAAAUGUGUUGAAUUCUUGGCUAUGCGUACUUGUACUCUUAUAUUUAGAUCACCAUACCCAGAUCAAAAGGAAGGAUGUGGUUCUUUUUGUCCAACUAUUUAUAGAAGCGGGUGUCCAUACGCUAAAUAUCCACUUGAAUUCCAGGGAUUACAAAUGUACCCACCAAAUGUAACCGAGUGUUAUGUCGGGCUCUCCAACAGCACCGACGACAAAACCUGUAACGUCUUUAACAUGCUCAACCGUAUUGGUGAUUUCAACUACGUCCCAACCACAACCACCAACGACAAAGAAGAGGACGAUGUUUUGGCUGGAACCCUUUUAGCUUUUGGAGCUUAA